GCUCGGUAUGCCUUGAGUGUUCUCUCCUAAAGAGGGUUUAUUGUUCCUCUGUGUUUGAGGCGAAAUUCAUUUACCAAGACCGCUCGUUUUCACGUCUAAAACAAGCAACCGUUGAAAUGGCCGGUGGAAAGGCUGGAAAAGAUAGUGGAAAAGCCAAGGCGAAAGCAGUGUCUCGCUCACAAAGGGCUGGGCUUCAGUUCCCUGUGGGUCGUAUCCACAGGCACUUGAAGACCCGCACCACUAGCCAUGGCCGCGUGGGAGCUACAGCGGCUGUGUACAGCGCUGCCAUUCUCGAAUAUCUCACAGCUGAGGUGCUGGAGUUAGCAGGAAAUGCCUCCAAAGACCUGAAGGUGAAGCGUAUCACCCCCCGCCAUCUACAGCUGGCCAUCCGUGGAGAUGAGGAGUUGGACUCUCUCAUCAAGGCCACCAUUGCUGGUGGAGGUGUUAUCCCCCAUAUCCACAAGUCCCUGAUUGGAAAGAAGGGCCAACAGAAGACUGCGUAAUCAUUGUUGCUGUGGUAACCUGGACUCACUCACGCUUGGACUGUGACCACCAGAUUGCUUGCGUUCAUUUGUUUAUCCGUUUUAUUUUUAUUUUUCCUUUUAUUUUAAAUUAAUGUUAAUGUUGUAUUAGCUAACACAAGUGAUUUGUUAGGUUGUGGUGUUAUCUACCAAAAUUAGUUUAAAAAGAGCCCCACCCCCACCCCCC